GCAACCCUGAUGAAGCUAAUCUCUAGCAGGCUAGUGUAGAGGGGAAAACAAAAGGACAGAGGAUUGUAUAUCCGUUACAUGCUCGGGGAAAAUCUCCUCCGCUGUUCUGUUCUGGUUUAAACAAUGUUUUCUCUCACCACGUCUUUCCAGCCUCAGGUAACUGUGCCACUGAGCCAUAUUAUCAAUGCUUUGCACUCGCUGAAAGCAUCAGCCAGCUCCACUGCCACAGCGGCAGUUCAGAGUCUACACCGUGAGCUUUCAGCUGAUCAGCACACACUGCCUCACACCCCUGAUGCACAGCUUAAGCAAAUCCCUAAAGACCUGGGGAUCUCCGAGCUGAGGCUAAGUGGAGUCAAUGAGCUGUUAAAGAGGUUGCUGCCCAAAGUAGCUCCCACAGAGAGCCCAGACCUAAGAGUCUGUCUUCAGUCUUCAACAUGGAGAACAUCACACAUCUCCACAGAUUCUUUUUUUCACAACAAACAUGGUUUCUCUCCGAGAAUACCAGGAAUCUUUGGCUAUCCACUCUUUCAAAGACAAAACUCCCAUCCUCUUCAGGUUGUUUGCUCAGAUCUUCAGCACCUGCAAGCAUGGGUCCAAACUCGAGGUUUCAAAACACUAAGGACCAAAAGUAGACGCCUUCAGUCCAGCUAUGAGAGUCCAGCAGAAACGGAAAGCUAUAGCCCACCAUUCAUGAAGGGUCUUCUCAUGAGGGAUAAAGCUGAUACUGGGAGCCUUGACCAGUUAAUAACACAGAGGAAUCUUCCAGAGAAUCAGCAAGAUGCCUUUAAGACUGGUUUUGCAGAGGGUUUCAUGAAAUCUCAAACCCUGAUGCAGAAGACACAAGAUUCACUUAAGAGGACUCGUUUGAUUUUGCUUGUCCUUUUACUUGUUGGCAUCUAUGGUUUGUCAAGAACCCCAUAUCUCUCGGGUAAAGGCUCCUUUUCUGAUACUGUCCGAUUCCGUUCUACGUCUGGCAUGGAUUCUGCACUGGAUCCAAUUCAAAUAAAGAAUGUCACCUUUGAGCAUGUUAAAGGUGUGGAGGAGGCAAAGAGUGAGCUUCAAGACAUUGUUGAGUUCUUGAGGAAUCCUCAGAAAUUCACUGCCCUUGGUGGAAAGCUACCUAAAGGUGUCCUCCUGGUCGGUCCUCCUGGAACUGGAAAAACUCUGCUUGCCAGAGCUGUGGCAGGCGAGGCAGAUGUGCCAUUCUACUAUGCGUCAGGGUCAGAGUUUGAUGAGAUGUUUGUGGGUGUUGGAGCAAGUCGCAUCAGGAACCUAUUUAAAGAAGCAAAAGCUAACGCCCCAUGUGUGAUCUUUAUUGAUGAGUUGGACAGUGUUGGUGGAAAGCGGAUAGAGUCACCAAUGCAUCCAUAUUCACGUCAGACCAUCAAUCAGCUUCUUGCAGAAAUGGAUGGGUUUAAACCAAAUGAAGGAGUUAUUGUUAUCGGGGCAACAAAUUUUGCAGAAGCUUUGGACAAUGCUCUUGUGAGACCUGGGAGGUUUGACAUGCAAGUCACAAUCCCCAGACCUGACGUGAAAGGACGCACUGAGAUCCUCAACUGGUACUUAAAGAAAAUCAAAGUGGACCCUGAUUUGAAUGCAGAAAUUAUUGCCAGGGGAACGGUGGGCUUCUCAGGAGCAGAACUGGAGAACUUGGUGAAUCAGGCAGCACUAAAGGCUGCUGUAGAUGGAAAGGAGAUGGUGACAAUAAAGGAACUAGAAUUCGCUAAAGACAAGAUCCUCAUGGGCCCAGAACGCAAAAGUGCAAAGAUUGACAAGAAGAAUAAAACAAUCACGGCAUAUCAUGAAUCUGGACAUGCAAUUGUGGCAUAUUACACAAAAGAUGCCAUGCCCAUAAAUAAAGCUACUAUCAUGCCGCGAGGACCCACACUUGGUCAUGUGUCUAUGCUUCCAGAGACCGAUCGCUGGAGUGAGACUCGUGCUCAGCUGUUGGCUCAGAUGGAUGUCAGUAUGGGCGGCAGAGUGGCAGAAGAGCUCAUUUUUGGGGAUGAAAACAUCACUACUGGAGCAUCAAGUGAUUUUGAUGGCGCAACUAAGAUUGCAAAGAUGAUGGUUACACGCUUUGGAAUGAGUGACAAGCUUGGUGUCAUGACCUACUCAGACCUGUCCAAACAUAGCCAAGAAACACAAGCUGCUGUUGACAAUGAAGUCAGAGUGCUGCUACAGGAUUCAUAUGAACGUGCUAAGAAACUCCUCAAGACAUACAGCAAGGAGCACGCAAAACUGGCAGAUGCUCUGCUCACCUAUGAGACUCUGGAUGCAAAAGAAAUACAGUUGGUUCUAGAGGGCAAAUCUCUAGAGCCCAGAUGAUAUUGUUCUCAUAUUCAUAACAGAGGUGAUGAAUGAGGAAGGAUAGUGAUUAUAAAUUCAGUUCUUUCACUAUCAAUCUGUAGUGUUUCUAACUUUCAGUUCUUUCAUUUUCCAUAAUCGCAAACCAAUUUCAAAGACAUUUAAAGAGCUGUUUGGGCUGUCUGAGCCAAUUAAGAAAAAGGUCUGCGGUUUCAGUUUCAACAGCUACUCAAUUAAAUCUACCAAUGCAUAUUAGAUGUUAGUCUGCUGAAAAAAGCUGCUUGGUUACAUCCAAUGAUCCCACCUUGUGCUCUUUUUAAUCACUGUUACAAGUUCUGUGUAAAACAGAGUGAAAAUUUGAAUGCCGGUUUGCUAUUGUGGCCCAGUCACGACUUUCCAUUCCACAAAACCAGACCUCUGUAUUCCAAGAGAAACAUGGGUCCUCUGGUAAUAUAAGCAAGCACAUUGCGUGUGUGUGUGUGUGUGUGUGUAUGUAUAUGUGUGUAUGUAUAUAUAUA